AUGGACGACGUUCUCGACGUGGACGACGACGCGUUCGACGUCGAGCUCGCUGACGUGGAAGUAGACCUCAUAGCGCGUCAACGGAGGGAAUCGAACGCGUUUUCUCGUCCAGAGUCGAGUUCACCGCAUUCGAAUCCAGUGACGAAUCCAUCGACGACGACGACGACGAAGCGACCGCGCGCGAGACCGCACGUGUGGAUGGACGUCGUGCGCGAUAACGUCGUGCGUGUGUCGUGCUCGCACGAGCGAUUGCGAGCGGGAUUCGCGGGGAAGUUGUACGCGGCGGUGGAUGGGUUCGCCGUCGCGACGCCGGCGACGCCGGACGACGCCGAGGCGGGCGCGGCGUGGGACGUACCGAUGCGGCUGGCGAAGAAGGUUCGAGACGCGCUGUGUGCCAUGAAUGCGUUUGAGCGCGGGUAUUCCAGGGCGUUGCGGAAGAACGUGGCGAUGGGGGCGCCGCCGGCGAGGACGGCGGAGUACGCGAGCGCGCCGCCGGGAUAUUGCGGAGUGACGAAACGUGGCGGAGAGGAGGACGAGGAAAAGGCGCGCGUAGAGGUCGAUCGGAGGUUUGGUACGAUCGCAGGUAACAUCAGAAGAGCGUUGUAUCCAUUCCAGGAGACGGGGGUGAAGUUUGCGAUCCGAAGGAACGGACGCGCGCUCAUAGCGGAUCAGAUGGGCGUCGGGAAGACGCUUCAAGCGAUCGCCGUAGCGGACGCGUAUCGAGACGCGGGGCCACUCUUGGUGAUUGUUCCGGCGGCGAUGCGAUUCGUGUGGGCGGACGAGAUCGAGCGCUGGUUGACUGACGUCACGCCGAGGCAGUUGAGCGUGAUAUUCGGCAGCGGUGAUAAGUUUCUCCUAGAAAAGUUGGCCAAGGAAAGUCGAGAGGCGAACUCGGCGGCGGCGACUACGGGCCGUCGCGUCGUCGUAUCUUCGUAUCACAUGUUAGCGCCGCUCUUUGACGAGUUCUUGGAGGUGAAGUGGGGAUGUGUGAUAGCGGAUGAAAGUCACAAUAUGCACGUCAGCAAGAGCUUCAAUGGAUCAGAGACGAAGAUGACGGAGACGGCUUGGAAGUUGAUAAAAAAAGCAAAGUACGCGGUACUCACGACGGGAACGCCGUCGCUCACCAAGCCGUUCGACAUGUUCUACCAAAUCGAUGCGCUCCGACCUGGAAUGUUGGGUCAGACGAAAUGGGAGUUCGCCGAGUACUACUGUGACGUGAAGUUUGAUAUGAAAGGUCGAUCGGACGUCUCCGGCGGUUCGCGCUUACUCGAGCUUCGCUCUCUGCUCACGCACACGACGAUGAUUCGUAGACUGAAGAAGGACGUCAUGGGCGACUUACCGCCAAAACGGCGACAAGUCGUGCCGAUCGACAUCGAUCAAUCUAUUGCUAGGGUGGGCGGACCGAAGAUUUGGGCAAAGAUAGCAAAGGCGGCAAGAGCUCCGCGCGACGAAAUGUCGUACGGCGAAGAAGACGAUAAUAUUUUGGACGAAGAUGAACGCGACGACGUGGAGUACGUUCUGAACGCAAAGUUAUGCAAUCUCGAAAAGGGCCGCCGCGUGAGCGUGUCCCAAAUCGUCGGUAUGCUGAAAAUUGCCCCAAUCAUCGAUUGGCUUGAGAGCGAUCUCCUGAGGGACGACUCGAUGCAAUUCGUAAUCUUCGCGCACCAUCAAGCUGUGCUGGACGCCAUCGAACGCGAUGUGUGCAUGUGCCUCGAGAAACAGAAUCGCGGUACCUACGUUCGUAUCGACGGCUCGACGCCGUCGGAUGAACGAAAGGUGCUGGUCGAUAAAUUCCGCGAGGGUGCCGCCGUCGGCGCUGACGGAGUUGUCAGCGUGCGCAUCGCCCUGCUUUCCGUCAAAGCCGCGGGGACUGGGUUGGACUUUUCCACAGCCUCGUGCGUCGUGUUCGCGGAGCUCCCCGACGAUGCUUCACUGUUAGAGCAGGCAGAGGCUCGAGUACAUCGGCGAGGUAACGAUAGCGGGGUGAAUGUGUACUUUCUGUGCGCUCGUGGUGGAGCGUGUUCGCAUGAUGAAGAUCGAUGGCAACGCCUGGAGAGUCAACUGGACGUGUGUAAGGAGGCCAUCGAUGGCGACGACGCGCGAGUGGGAUUGGACGUGUCGGCUUAUGGGGCAUCAAUUGAGCUCGAGGCAACAAAGAAGAGCGUGUUCUCGAAAAGUGUCGUCGUCGAAUCGUCCACGGUAAAAGAUCCGACUUUAUCUCCGAGUCGCGUCGAAACCAAACAAGCGACUCCGCUUCAGCUGUGGUUCGAAGUCAGCGCAACGAGCGGGCGCUUACACGCGCACGCAAGCGCGGACGGUUCGGAACCGCUCCACGUGAGCGUCAGUCGAUCGCAAUUGACUCGCGCGCUCGCUUCCGCCAAGUACGCGAAGGAGCUGCCCGAACCGUUCUCGAGCAAUCCGGCCGCUGUCGCCGCGGCGUUGGAUUUCUCCAACACGUGGAACGCGAUGACGGCGAGAGACAGGAACUCUAUACUCGCUCGACAACAACCGUGUCGCGCUAACGAGCUAAACGAGGUCGCCGAAGCUCUGAACUCCAAGGCCGCGACGGCAGCGACGGGAUCGACGAGUCGGCACAGUCGAUUGGUUCCUUUGCCGAAAGACGCCGACUGGUGCACCGUGCUUGUGUCGGACAUAGCGCAAAGAAACCGAGCGAAUUAUGAGAUGCGUGUGCCGUGUCGGUUCGUUCCGGGAACGACGAGGCGCGCGCUUCUGUGCGUCAACUGCGUGGACGAACUUGAUCGCGUGUUUUCGGAUAGGAUCCGACGCGUCGACUUGUUUUGCGGCGAAGAGUGUCUACGAGCGUACGAUCAAGGCAUGAGCUCCUCAGCGCUUCGUCGUGCGCUCUUCGAAAUCGAGCGCGGCGUAUGCGUCGAGUGCGGUCUUGACUGCGAAAAGCUUGUCAAACACGUUCGCGUGUUCAAGAGUAGGAUGAAGCGCGUCAAGGAAAUUUUGCGUCUCGCGCCUGCAUUCGAAAAGCGCGGGAAUAAGGCGCUCCUCUCUCGUCUUGCGGAGAAGCCCUCAGGCGGACGCGCGUGGGAGUGCGACCAUAAAGUCGCCGUGUUCGAGGGCGGUGGUGGGUGCACGGUAGAAAACGCACAGACGCUAUGCGUAAUCUGCCACUCGAAGAAGACCAAGGAGCAGGCGAAGCAGCGCGCAGCCAAGCGUAAGCGCGACGCCGAGCUCGCCGCGGCACGAAACGCUCGCCCGAUAACUGCGCUCGUCGACUCGGACGACUCCGAGGACGACGUUAGCAUCGACAAUCUCGCGCCGCCGCCGACCUCGAGGAAACCCCAAGCCCCGGCACAGACGGACAUUCGAGACUUCACCGUCGUGCGACCGCUCGCCAGCGAUUCGGACGACGACGACGACGACGACGACAGUCUCGCCGAACUCAUCGUCCCCGCGUUCUCGUCCAAGAGGCCCAUCGUCGGUCACGGGCUCGCUCUCCCGCCUUAG